GUUUUCAUGGAAGUUCAACGUGUUUGUGUGACGCCUCACUCUGGGUCGGUAUUUGCUUUUUGCAGAGGAAUGUCACUGCUACAUCUCUGUUGGAAUGGAGGUCUGACAGAUGUUCUGAGAAAACGAUGUCGGGAUUGCAAUUUCUUAUCUCAUUAAAUAACCAUGACGCUCAAAACAACAUGGUAGUUAUCUCUACCACUAACUGGCAAUCAAGGAAAUUUAGUCAGGUUUAAGGUAACAGCGGCUCAGUUUAGAGUCAGUAUUUAGUAAUUUGACAACAUAUUUGCGCCUAAGCAUGGACUCCUAAAUUCCUCAGCCAUCAGGAUACACUGUUACUUGUUAUCUGCAGCUGUGACAAAUUGUCACCAAUUCGUUGUGAGUUCCACCAUAUUACCACUGGUUUCAAGCUUGUGAAGCCUCAUCAAGAUGUUUUCAGCGCUGAAGAAGCUGGUGGGAUCUGAGCCAGGGCAGCUCAGGGAGAAGAAUAUUCCAGCUGGCCUGCAGUCGAUGAACCAGAGUUUGCAGAGACGCUUUGCCAAAGGGGUUCAGUAUAAUAUGAAAAUAGUCAUCCGUGGAGAUAGAAACACUGGAAAGAGUACUUUAUGGCAUCGAUUGCAAGGCAAGAAGUUUGUGGAGGAGUACAUACCCACUCAGGAGAUCCAAGCCACAAGUAUCCAUUGGAAUUACAAAACUACUGAUGAUGUGGUCAAAGUAGAGGUUUGGGACGUGGUAGACAAAGGCCAAAAAUAUCCUCUUCCUGAAGGUGUAGGCAAAGGCAAAAGGCGUGGAGAGAAUUUGAAACUGGAGAAUGAGCCCCAAGAGUCAGACGAGGUGGCCCUAGAUGCAGAGUUCCUGGAUGUGUACAAGAACUGCAAUGGAGUCAUCAUGAUGUUUGACAUUACAAAGCAGUGGACAUUUAACUACAUCCUGAGGGAACUGCCCAAAGUCCCCACCCAUGUGCCGGUGUGUGUGUUGGGAAACCAUAGGGACAUGGGUGAGCAUCGUGUCAUCCUCCCUGAUGAUAUAAGGGACCUGAUUGCUGGACUAAACAGACCAAUGGGAUCAUCAUACAUCCAUUAUGCUGAGUCAUCUAUGAAGAAUGGGUUUGGCUUGAAAUACCUGCACAGAUUUUUCAACAUCCCCUUCUUGCAGCUACAGAGAGAAACCCUCCUGAGGCAGCUGGAGACCAACCAGCUAGAUAUGGACGCCACCCUGGAAGAGCUCUCAGUCCAGCAGGAGACUGAAGAUCAAAACUAUGAGAUUUUUCUUGAGAACUUGGAGUCUCGCAAUAAGAGCUAUGGCUGUUCUGGUCCAGCCAAUGGUCAGAGUUCCUCCUCAGGCUCCCAGUCCCCCAUUGUUCCUCCCAGUGGGGCCUCCACGGGCAGCUCCAGCCCCAGCACCCCUCAGCCUCCUAUCCCAACCCAGCUGCUCCCACAGUCACCAUCUGUGUCUGCGUCCUCCCCUCUACCUCCCAUGGCAGCAGUUAGCGGGGCACCUUCACCUACUGUUGAGUCUAAGCCAUCAGCCCAGUCUCCCGAGCACCAUCAGUCCUCUGCUGCAUCUGGAGUAUUGGCUCCCCAGAAACGCAGCUUCAUCUCCCGUUGGUUUGGUUCAUCACCUGCUGCUGACGCUCCAGCUUCUGUACCAGAGGAUCCUGGUGCACCAGUGUGUCCUGCUAAGGUCCAGAGUGUGGAUGAUUUUGUGCCAGAUGAGAGAUUGGACAAGAAUUUCCUGGAGGAUAGCCUACCCAUGAAGACCAAGGUUUCUCAGUCUGCACCAGCUCCAGCUAUGGACAGUGACAGUGAUGGUGAGGUCAGAGGAAACCCCAUGGUGUCUGGUUUCCAGGAUGAGCUGGAUCCUGUUGACACUGAGCCCAGCCUCCCCCAAUGUAAGACCCUGCCUCCCAGUAAAGAUAUCACUCUAACCAGUGAUGAGGAGGAAGAAGUACCAGCAGCCCACACUAUCACACAGGACCAAGACCUGGACAGUGGACCUGAACUGAGGGCGCCUGUGAUUCCCAUCACAAAACCAAAGGUGAUAUCUAAAGCUUCAGAGCCCAGAGACCAGACCACAGCGCCCAUCUCCCUCACUUUACUUCCAGCAGCAGAGCAGCCAGCCCGACACCAAGGCAAGAAGAGGGGAAGCACACCCAAAGCUGAAGACUCUGAUACCGACCCCGAGCCCCCUGUAGCUCAGCAAAUGCUCUCUUUUGUCAUGGAUGACCCUGACUUUGAGUCUGAAGCAUCAGAUACACCAAAAAUAGCAAAGGAUACCUUUCCAGUCAGGGACGAGCUUUUGUCUGAUCUCUCUGAUGAUGACAUGCAGUUAGCCAAAGUGCCAGAACCUUUGAAGCCCACUGUGAUAUCCUUCAAACAAAAGGAUGAUACUGAUCUAUUUGGCCUCGGCAUCCAAGAAGAAGCUCCUGCAGCCAAGGACAGCAGUGAGGAGCAGGAAGAGAAAGAAAGCAAACACUCCUCAAAAGAAAAGAAGAAAAAGAAGAAGAGAAGCAAAGAGGAGGAUGACAAAAGCAAGAAGAAACACAAACACAAGAAAAAGGAAAAAGAAGAAGCUGCUGCAGGAGAUGACAAAGAGAAAAAGAAAAAGAAAUCCCGGCCCAAGAAAACAGAAGUGGAUGAACUGGAGGACUUUCUGGGUGGAGGAGCAGGAUUGGUCAAAAGAGAUGACGGUGAUUAUGAAGAACUAUAAAAGCACCUGUUUUAUUAGGAAAUGGAGCCACUGAACAGCAGUAAGGCACAUGGUCUUUCAGAAACUCCUGGUUCCUUGAUUUGUAUGUGCAUAACACAGCAUCUCCAAGCCAUAUGCAAUACGCAAGGCUACUGACGACACCCAGGUAAAAUAAUCAAGGACUCUGGUACCUGUAUGUUCCUUCUGAUUGAUUUCCCAAUCUGCACUACUGUUGUCACUUCAUUCCAACCAGUAAGAAAAGGCAAGAACACCCACAUGUACCCACACUAACAACCAAAGCCACCGGUAGCCAAAGUACAAAGAUUGGCUCUUUGUACUUUGACAUGAUUGAAUAUAUUGGCUUAUUAUUUUCUUGGAUUUGAUUCGUUCAGCAAGUGAUCUACUCCAAAUCAGCUGCUGUAAAUAGGGGUAUCAUCUUGUCAGAAUUUUUGUGUGGAUGGUGUAAAAAUUGAGAGCAUGCACAAAGUGAUGAUUGACUCUUUAGAGACUCUGUAGUGUUAAUUAUGUUUUUCCUCUUUCCUCCAUGUUGGCUGAAAUGGAUUAAACCAGAUCUUUGCUCUGAUUUAGUCUCGCGCCCCUAAUGUGAAGCACUGAAGAGAUGAAUUGGCCAACAACUUUUUUUCACUCUUGGGGUGUGUCCAUACACUGUAUGGAGUUUGCAUGUUCUCCCUGUGUACCCUUUGGGUACUCCAGCUUCCCCCCACAGUCCAAAGACACGCAGGUUAAUUUGUGACUCUACAUUGCCUGUAAGUGAGACUGUGAGUGUGACUGGUUGUUUGUUUCUCUAUGUCAGCUCUAUGAUAGAGUGGCGAUCUGUCCAGGGUGUACCAUGCCUGUCGCUCAGUGUGAGCCAGGAUUAACUCCAGCCCCCCCCAAUCCUCAGAGGGUAAGCAGUGUAGAUAAUGGAUGGAUGCAUAAUUUUUCUCUAGGCUGGCCUUUUGUUCACACUAGGCUUGCAUUGUUUUUAUCUGGAAAUUGAGCUUUUUGAAAACAGUCUCUAAUGUGGAUAAAUCUUGAAAAGCUAUGUUUUAAGCCUAUUAGGUGGCUCUGUGGCAACAAAGUUAAAAAGACACAUUUCUGUCACCUCCAACUAUCUCUGUGAUCACUUAAAAAAAACAAUAAAAUCAAUAAAGCCAAUCACACAACA